AAGGACCACAAUGCAUUGCAAUCGGGCGUGUUGACGACAUUAGUCCUGUGUCUCAACGAGGAAGUCCCAUCUUUACCUGUUUGUGAGCAAAUGUUUUCCUCUUAGCACAGGAUGCAAACUGAAGGCCUGGAGGAGAGGACGGUGGAGGUGCUGCAGCUGCCUGAUGGAGUGGACGAAGAGCUGCUGUGUCUGUACUUUGAGAAUAAGCGACGGUCUGGAGGCGGCCCCCUCGAAUCUGUCGACAGAAAGGGCGACAGUGUCAUACUGGUGUUCGAAGAUGCACAAGCCGCAUCCCAGGUACUUUCCAAAGAAUCCCAUGUGUUACAUAACACUAAGCUGAGUGUGAGAAGGCCUGCCUCAAAAGACAGAUACAGUUUGUUGCUCCGAGGUCUCAACCCGGACACCGUGACGGAGAUGAUAGAGCUGUACGUGGAGAACAUGAUCGGGCUGAAUGACAGCGACUACACGCUGCAUCCUUCACCAGAGAGAGAGAUGAUCCUCAUUAAACUCAAACAGCCCUUGUCAAAAGAUUUUCAAAGCCUCCGUAAGAAGAUUGACAAGAGAACACUGGACGGAGCUCAAAUAACACUUGAACAAGUAGAUCAAACUGACUCAAUUUUGGUGGAGAACCUGCCUCCUGGUACCACCGCAGACACGCUCACACUUUACUUUGAUAACCUGCAGAAGGUGCGGGAGGUCACCAUGCUGUCACAGGAAACAGCAAAGGUGUCAUUUGUCAGCCACGAAUCUUUAGGCUCUGUUCUGGACAGUCAACACAAGCUUGAAAGUACAGACCUAAUUUUGAAACCAUUCUUUGACUUUCUCCAACCGAAGGAAAGCAAAACGUUGCACAAAACUGAGAAUGGAAGGGAAGAUAUGACAGAAGCAAAUCCAGACGAUCUCGGCCAUAAUCAGACGCCAAGCAGUUCUCCUGUUGCCAGUGUUGUUUCUGAAAGUCCGUCCUCCUCACAGAUACCUACAGAGCCCCCUGCUACCACUGGGGUAGCGGAGGCGUCGGCAGAAAGUGUUGUGGAGGACCAAGCAGAGGAGGUGGUUCUGUUAUCAACUCGUUUAUCAUUUGUUGACCCAGUUAAAUUGUCUGUCUUAAAACUUAGCCCACUCUUAGAAAACAUCGUAAAAGCUGAGCCAAUGGUCACUGUUGAAACAGAAGACGACGGCGUCUUCAUCCAAGGAAGGGACAAACUCACUCUGGAGCGGAUUAAACAAACCAUUCUGGAAUAUCUUGGGAACAUGGCUGAAGUGCGUUUCACCUCGGACCCAGAGGAAGCCCAGUUCCUUGGGAGGGAGGAUGUUAAAGAAAGACUACUGCAAACCCUGGGUAAAAGCAAGUCAACCUCAGUUUAUACUGUGUCGAAGUCUGCCAUCGUGGUUACGUCAGUCAACCGCAACUCUGCCGAACAGGCGUGUGACUACUUAAAAUCCCAAAUCUGCCGCUUUAACAUACCAUUUGACACGGAGUACGAAUGCACGGUGUACUGCAGAGAGUGGUCCGAGUUUCUGCAGUCUCUGACUUUCUCCUCUGUCAAAGUGUGCGAGCAAGAUAGGAAAAUUGACGUGUUAACCCUUAAAGACAUGGAGAGUGAGAAGCAUCUUGCAAUCAUGCAGUUUCUGUCCACACCCGUUCAGAGGGAGAUUGUGAUCACCAUGGAGCCAGGUGUUCUAAAAUACAUCCAGACACAUUGCCAUCAGCUGCUGGCCGACAUGGACCAAGUGUCCAUUUUUCCCCUUGAGUCCGAGGACGCCUCUGGAUUUAAGAUCUGUGGCCCUGCUGUUGCUUGCCAAAUGGCUGAGGAGGUGCUGCAAAGCAUAAUCCCUACUAUUCUCAUCCAGCCAAUCAAAUUCACUGCACCGGGACUAACCAGGUUUUUGGAUGAAGACGAGUGUAAGACCAUCCUGGAUGAGAUGGAGACCAAGUUUCAGGUGUACAUCAGACCCGAGCACACGCCGUGGCAGGACCUGUCUUACCAGGAUUAUUUCGAAUGUGCCUGGAGAAUGAUGGGCCAAAAAAACUUUCCGAGAGUGCCAUUAAAUGAUUCUCCACAGGAGUUGCUAUCAGAUUCUAUACAGACUGAUCACAGCAGAGUUCCAGACAAAGAUUCUUUAAAGGAGGCUCAAAACCCCGUGUCAGCAGUUAGUGAGAAACCUGCAGACGCUGCCUCCAGUUCAGACCAACCAGAUGUCACGGUUGACAUAGAAGAGCAGCUAAACACAGCAGAAGGCAGCGCCGCAGGUGAUUUGAACUUUGACGAUCCCAGAGGUCUGGAAGAGGAAGAAGCUCAGCUCUCCCUGGCAAUUCAGUACUCAAUGGAGCUGAGUCAACAGUCACGAGCGGAGGAGGAGGAGCAACUGAAAAAAGCCUUGGAGCUGUCAAAACAAAUGACCUCUCACAAUCACUGUUCGGCCAACAGAGACAGUAUCCCCGAAAAUAAACGCCCUAAAAAAAUAAUUUUUGAUUCUUAUCAGGAAGACAUUAGGGCGGCCAGCACUGCCCAGCUGGUUGUGUUUGCAGUUUACAGCUGUGAUUUGACCCGAGUUAGCAUCGCCUUUGGGAAGAAAAUUCAACAGCGGCAGUCAGAGGAGAAGCUCCAGAACAGGUGCCUGAAGAAUAUCUCUGACUACCACAAAAUGUGUAUCGAGGCAAUCAAGAGGAAGCACGGUGUUGACAUUCAGAUUCAGGGCACUCUCAUAACCGUUUCUGGAUUCAAUCAUUACGUGUACGGAGGAGUGUGCGAUGUCAAACUGCUGCUUGAGGCGAUGGAAAAGUCUGAUUCUAGCCAGGAAAUCCUCAAGACAGUACAGUGGGUGACGCAGGAUCCAGCAUCCUCAGAACUGACCCCGUACCCGCCUGAUGUGACAGUGUUAAUCGAGCAGGCUUGGAAAUUAAGACGGGAACAGGUGGACGUCACGUUGGACAACGAGCUCUACACUGUUGAGUUUGAAAAGAUGCAAGAGCUCAACAAAGAGUCUAUGAAAUUCGUUAAAGUCUACAGGAAGCUUCUGGAGGAAGGAGAUCUGGAAAACUUGCCAGAUGAAGAAUACUCUUUGCUGUCAAACCUGCCUGAAGCCACCAAACUCCCCAAGGAGUCGGAUGAAUUUCAACUUGUGAUGCAGAACUUCUAUGCAACCCUGAAGGGAUAUCACAGCAAGAUCAAAAUCAUACAUGUGGAAAAGCUAAUGAAUCGGCUGCUCUACAAUCAGUACAAGCUAAAGAAGGCGAGCGUGUUGAAGCGUGCCACGUACCCGGAGGUGGAACGAAAGCUUUACCACGGAACGAGUGAGGCGAGUGUGAAAGAGAUAUGUGUCCACGGAUUCAACAGAAGCUUCUGUGGAAAAAACGCCACCGUCUAUGGUCAGGGAGUGUAUUUUGCCAUCAACUCUGCACUGUCUGUUCAGGAUCAGUAUUCACCCCCCAACUCAGACGGAUACAAGUUUAUUUUUGUUUCGAGGGUUUUGACUGGAGACUUCACCAUAGGCUGCCAUACGAUGAAAACGGCACCACUGAUGCAAGACUCCGCCGAUGAAGUGCCCCUUCGGUAUGAUAGCGUGACAGACAACCUUACAAACCCAACACUGUUUGUCAUCUUCAACGACACCCAGGCUUUUCCAGAAUACCUUAUCACAUGUCAGCAAAUCUUCAAAUGAGGAAUUCAUUCAUGUUCUAAUGUGAAGAUAGAUUAUUGUUUAUUUUAUUCUAUUGCCUUAACAUUUUUUAGUCGAUUGUUUUACAUUACAUAAUGGAUAAAACAAAGGAUUUUAUGUUCUGUGAUCAUCUGCUCUGACCUGUUCACUUGGUCAAAUUCAAAUAGUUGAGUUAAACAGCUGUUCUGCUCUGGUUUGGAUGAUGGUGUCUGCGUGUUUAGUAUGCAUGUUCCGACUGUGUUCCUGGGAUUUGAAUACUCUCAAAAAUGUAAUAAAGAUCAGGAUUCAAAUUGA